CGCCGGCUGAGCGGCCCCUUUAAGAAGCGGCCUCGGCGGGGCGGUGUGUCUUUAAAAGGCCGUCUCCUGGCGCCCGGCGCUCGGCGCAGGCGAUGGCCAUUGUCUCGCCGCGGGCUUCCCCUGCUCGGCUUAGUGCAGCCGCGCGGGUGCAAAGGGAAGGCAAGAUGGCUGAGAUGGGCAAGGGAGUCACCGCAGGGAAGAUCGCCAGCAACAUGCAGAAGAAACUCACCCGAGCCCAGGAGAAGGUCUUACAGAAGCUCGGCAAAGCGGACGAAACGAAAGACGAGCAGUUUGAGCAGUGCGUGCAGAACUUUAACAAACAGCUGGCAGAAGGCAGCAAGCUGCAGAAGGAUCUCCGAACUUACCUGGCUUCUGUAAAAGCAAUGCAUGAGGCCUCCAAGAAGCUGACGGAAUGCUUGCAGGAAGUGUAUGAGCCAGAAUGGCCUGGGAGAGAUGAUACCAGCAAAAUAGCUGAGAACAAUGACCUGCUGUGGGUGGAUUUCCAUCAGAAGCUUGUGGAUCAGGCGCUUCUAACCAUGGACACUUACCUUGGCCAAUUCCCGGACAUCAAAUCUCGGAUUGCUAAGCGAGGGAGGAAGCUUGUGGAUUACGACAGUGCCAGACACCAUUUUGAAUCCCUACAAACUGCAAAGAAGAAAGAUGAAACAAAAAUUGCCAAGCCUGUCUCGCUGCUUGAGAAAGCUGCGCCACAGUGGUGCCAAGGAAAACUACAAGCUCAUCUCGUUGCUCAAACUAAUCUGCUCCGAAAUCAGGCGGAAGAAGAGCUGGUGAAAGCUCAGAAGGUGUUUGAGGAGAUGAACCUCGAUCUGCAGGAGGAGCUGCCUUCACUAUGGAAUAGUCGUGUUGGUUUCUAUGUCAACACAUUCCAGAGUAUAGCAGGCCUAGAAGAGAACUUCCAUAAAGAAAUGAGCAAGUUGAACCAAAACCUCAACGAUGUCCUGAUGAACCUGAGACAAGCAGUACUCGAGCAAUGCCUUCCCAUUAAAGCACAGCCAAGCGACAGUACCCCUGCGAAAGCAAACAAAAGCCCUUCACCUCCACCCGACGGGUCCCCCAUCACCAGCCCCGAGAUAAAGACUGUCAACCAUGAGCUGGAACCGUCCUCGUUGGAAACACCUGGGGCUGGCAUCCCUAAGUCGCCGUCUCAGUUGCGGAAAGGCCCUCCGGUGCCGCCACCUCCAAAGCACACCCCCUCCAAGGAGAUCAAGCACGAGAACAUCAUCAGUCUCUUUGAUGACAAUUUUGUCCCUGAGAUAAGCGUGACCACCCCCUCGCAGUUUGAUGCCCCUGGGCCCUUCCAGGAGGGAGCCAGCCUGUUGGAUCUGGAUUUUGAUCCCAUUAAACCAGAUGCCAGCCCUGUGGGGAAGACACCCACACCUGCCACUCAGUCUUUACCUUGGGAUUUAUGGGAGCCUGAAAAGACUUCCUCGAGCAGCAUGCAGUCCGUGGAUCCGGGUCUUGCUGACAACCCUAGUGAUAGCACAUUUGCUGUGGACUGGCCCAGCCAGUCCACAGAGACCCAGACAACCCAACCAGCAGAAACUCCUCCUGCCAGUGCCGAGCCCGCUGGGAGGGAAGCACCUCCUGCUAGCGCUGAAGCAGCUGGGACAGAAGCCGGAGCUGGAGCUGAAGCACCUAAAAUGGAAACUGACUCAGGAUCUGCUCCUUGUUCCCUGCCUGCUGUCGUCGUGGAGCCGUUCCCAGCCACCGUCAAUGGCACCAAGGAGGGCAGCGCCCCCUCCGAAAGGGCUGACAUGCCCCCGGGCUUCCUGUUUAAGGUUCAGGCCAUGCAUGACUAUGUGGCCACGGACAGUGAUGAGCUGCUGCUGAAGGCUGGGGACGUGGUGCUGGUGAUUCCGUUCGACAACCCAGAUGAGCAGGAUGAAGGAUGGCUGAUGGGUGUGAAAGAGGCUGACUGGCUCCAGCAUAAGGAACUUGAUCAAAGUCGGGGGGUUUUCCCAGAGAAUUUCACAGAGCGGGUGCAGUGAGAGCCCGGAGCUGCCAGCUGAUUUUUCUGCUAGAAGAAAGCAAGUUUUCCGGGAGGUGUUUUUAAAAACAAAGAAAUGAGAAUUUUAAAGGAACAUAAGCCUAAAAAUAGUGUCAACUUAAAGGUUGGAUUCUUCUUAAAGAGCAAGGUUUUAGCAGUAAAAUGAAUUCAAAAGUGUUAUUAAAAUAUAUACAUAAUAAUAAGACAGGUCAAAUGCCCCUUUCCCACUUUGAUUUGACAGCAUUUGACUUCCGAGGCUGAUGCAGAAGUGGCUUAGUGUGGUACCUGUAAAUGCUGUGUUGGCUGAAUUUUGGGGAUUUCAGUCUGAUACUUGAAAAGGAAAGAGCUAAGGCCUAGAUCUUCAAAGGCUCCUAACUGUCACUGAAAUCAGUUGAAGUUAGGAUCCUAAAUACCUUUAAGGAUCUGAGCCCAGCUGUCACAUGGGUGGGUGGGUUCAGCUCUUUCUAAGUUGCUGGCGUGGCAUCCCUAAAGUUUCAGGCACUGCCCAUGUUAUGACCUGUGAUGGGCCAAAUGUCCUGUUAUGCUGUUGAAAAGACAUAUUUAGUGUACAGUGUUCACCAAUAUGGGGUGUGUGUGUGUGUUUCUUCCUUUUGAAGAUGUAACAUGAACUGUGAUUUUAUACGUUUAAAAGCAAACACAAAAAGUUAUCAGGCAGAGUAUGUCUCGGAGUGAAAUGUGUGCAGCUGGGCUCGGUCCAAAAUUCCUCCAAACCUCGGAGCUGGACGAUCGCAGCAGCACACACUGCCCCGGGAAAUGUUCUUGAGGGAAAAUUGGGAAACUGACAAAUUAAAAAGA